UCCAUGACCUUACACCGCCGUCAGCCUCAACAGCAGCUAACUUAGCUAGUUAGUUGUAAACACUGAAUGAGUGACAUGUUUAAGUAACUCCGCUGCCCUUGGACUUUGUGACACACCUCGCACUAAGACAUGACACGAAUACAGACACAUGGACACAAAGAUGUGGGUCGUUAAGUGAACGAAUAUGCCUGUCUUGCCGACACUACAUACUAUCUCUCCAGUGAUGGUGGGGAUUUUCCAAAGAACACUAAAACUGAGGGCAGUUCUCAGACAUCUGAGCACCUUCUCAUCUCCAGCCGCAGCCACACACUCACUUGUGAGCCCCUGCAGUAAAUUACUUCCGGCCACCUCAUGGCCGUUUGGACUCUCCUGUCGAAAGCUGCACACUGGGGCAGACGGGCCAACACCCUCGCCUGCUGCAGCUCCAGACAGGCUGCCUUUCUCCAGGAUAACUCCAGAAGAUUUGAGCUUCUUCAGGACGAUCCUACCAGGCAGAGCCCUCACUGAUCCCGACCUGCUGGAGUCGAGUAAUGUGGAUUGGCUCAAAUCAGUAAAAGGUUCCAGUGAAGUGUUGCUGAGACCUCAAACAACAGAGGAAGUUUCUCAAAUUCUCAAGUACUGCAAUAGCCGUAACCUGGCGGUGAACCCUCAAGGAGGAAACACUGGGCUGGUUGGAGGCAGCGUGCCAGUUUAUGAUGAGAUCGUCCUCUCCACGGCGCUCAUGAACAACAUCCUUACCUUUGAUAGCAUCUCUGGUAUUCUGACCUGUCAGGCAGGAUGUGUCUUGGAGAACUUGUCCCUUUACCUGGAGGAGAGAGACUACAUCAUGCCUCUCGAUCUGGGGGCAAAGGGGAGUUGCCACAUCGGGGGAAACGUGGCGACUAAUGCGGGUGGACUCCGGCUGCUGCGGUACGGCUCCCUGCACGGGACUGUGCUGGGUCUGGAAGUGGUGUUGGCGGAUGGACGAGUGCUGGACUGCUUGGCCACGCUGCGGAAAGACAAUACAGGAUAUGACCUCAAGCAGCUCUUCAUCGGGUCAGAGGGCACACUGGGGAUCAUCACCGCUGUGUCCAUCCUCUGUCCACGCAAACCCAAAUCUGUCAAUGUGGUUUUUCUGGGCUGUGAGACCUUUGAGCAGCUGCUGAAGACAUUUCAGCUUUCCAGAGGCAUGCUGGGAGAAAUUCUGUCAGCCUUUGAAUUUCUGGACAGUGAAUGCAUGAGGCUGCUGAACACUCACCUCAAACUACUCAAUCCCAUCUCUGACUGUCCGUUCUACAUCGUCAUAGAAACAUCUGGAUCCGACCCGACGCAUGAUGGGGAGAAGCUCCACAAUUUCUUAGAGGAGGCGAUGACGUCGUCACUAGUUACUGACGGGACUGUGGCAACUGAAGAGUCCAAAAUAAAGGCUCUGUGGUCGAUGCGUGAACGUGUCACAGAAGCACUGACUCACGAGGGCUUCACCUACAAGUAUGACAUCUCACUUCCGGUGGAGCGGAUUUAUCAGCUGGUGACGGACAUGAGGGAGCACCUGCUGGACCGGGCCAAGAGUGUGGUGGGAUACGGACACGUAGGAGAUGGAAACCUCCACCUGAACAUCACCUCUCCUGCCAAAGACCCCGAUCUCCUCGCUGCCAUCGAGCCCUUCGUCUACGAGUGGACGGCCCGCUAUAACGGCAGCAUCAGUGCAGAGCACGGCCUGGGCCUGAAGAAGAGGAACUACAUCUACUACAGUAAAGCCAGCCAGGCUGUGGCUCUGAUGGGUAACAUCAAGGCCAUGCUGGACCCAAAGGGCAUCCUCAACCCAUACAAGACUCUACCCGACAAUCUGAAAUGACAGGUACAAUCAGGAGCUCUGUUUCAGCUACAACCUUACUGCUAGGUGUCUCUUAUUGAGGCUUAUGUUCUUUUAUCUGACACCUUUUCCAGAGAUGCGGUGCUACAGGUUUUGCAGCCAUUGUCAUGGCAAACCACAAACACCAGUAUGUCUCCAAACCUGUAGAGGCAGUUUCACUGUCAUCUGCAGGACUUUCAGAAUGACAUUUAGAUCAACAAGUUGCUGCAUCUCUUUUCAACUACCUCUGCUGCUAGCUUAUCCUGCCCUUAAUAUAUCCAACAAGUUUUAGAUAAAGACAGUUUGAACGUAUUAUAGAACGUAUUUUUCAGUGUCGCUGAGAGGAAAUGAUUGAAUGAUUUGUAGGCAUGUGUGCCUACGAGUUGCCAGUAGAGGGCAGACAGAAAAUAAGACGAUGAGUUCAGGAUGAGGUCUUGUCCCUUUUUUAAAAUUGUGUAAAUACUUGAGGUUACAGUCUGUACUGUUCCAUCCACUUGUUCUGUAUUUAAAUGGAAGCCUUUGAAUGCAGGCAGUGUUAAAGGAUAAAUUCACAAUUUUUGUAAGCCUGGUUUAAAUCAAUCGUGAGGCAUUGAUGUGCAUGUCACUGCCCUAUCGAUGGCGAUUGGCCCUUGAAAUCAAUAUGGUAGAUUUUACAAAAUAUAUUUGCAUAAGGAAUUUUCCUCCUCAGGAUUAUUUCUUUCUUCGUCCAUCUUCAUCACAAAAGAAGACAAGGCGCAAGACUUCACAUUGUACAAUACAGUACCAUUUCUCAUUUUCUUUUUUCAGUUUGUGAUUACUAAAAUGAGGGAGAUGGUGUGAAAAUCUAUCAAAUAGUACGAAAUAAAGAUUUGGGAUCCUGGGGUUAAACUGGUAGAGGGCAAUUAAAACUAAGUUUCUUUUUGCAACACUCCUGCAAUAAAUCCUACCUUUUUUAAGUGAAGGUAAUCAAAUGUUUUUUGAAAGUUUUUGAGGUGUUUUGAUUCGACUGUCAAAGCAGCACAAUCUGCAUCCUCUGUACUGACGUCCUGGAAGGGUUAAGAAAUAAUUGAGCAGUAAAACCUUCAUUAAGGCUGGAUUUAUUUGAAUCAUCAGUUUUAGGUAGAUGCCUAAUAAGUGUAAAUCUUUUCUAAAAAUCAUGACACAGGCUGGCUGAUCAUUAGGCAACAGUGCAGUAAAUGUUUUAUUACAUAUAAAAAAGACAAAGCAACAUUUGUUUCCAAAACAAACCCAGCAUUUGUGGAUAAAUUCAUUUGUUACCUCACACCUACAAUAGGCAACUUUUAUCUGGUUUGAAAUGAAUCCUGAAUAAAACAAUUUCCAAAUGAA